AUGCACUAUAUGAAGUCAAGUCAAGAAGGGCAGGUGCCCUGGACGGGGUUCCUGGAUGAGCGAUUCGAAUCCGUUGUUAACGGCAUUGGCGACCCGACGACCAGUAUCACUGGCCGGAGUUCGACCAGGCACUUAUCGUGUUGCCGGGACCUGAAAAACGUGAAUAUCCCCAAUACGUUGACUGGAACUCUCGCGGCAACACUAGCCAUAGUUUCCGCCGGAUGGGAUUUUCUCUACAUCCCAGGUAUUAGGCCUCCAAAUAGUGUUUAUAUCAUCUCCGAGGACGGACGUAAGCAUCGUCUGGCCAGCGCCAAGGGAGCGAUGACAUUUAUCCCAGCGAGGACUACUGGAAGAUACGUACACGUGCCGGACAGCCGCUACGAGCGUCGACAGAAUUCGCUUAUCUACUGCGUCGAUACUCUGAUCGGAGCGCGGUGUGCUGACGAAUGGCGCCGCUAUCAACGGAUUUCGCGUGGGGAUCUAUUGUCUAAGACAUUGCGGCUUCUUAUACAUGAGACACAUCAAAACUUGGAACCUAACGUGCACUCCUUGUUCCAGAAAGUGGAAGUGCCAGUGGACUACAGUGUUAACGACCCGGAGCACAGGCACAUCUACCGCUUCCUGAGAAACCUUUUCAGCGCAGCCCAACUCACAGCUGAAUGUGCCAUUAUCACUCUGGUGUACGUUGAAAGGCUGAUGACUUACGGCGAGAUCGACAUCUGUCCCAGCAACUGGAAGCGGAUACUGUUGGGAGCCAUCCUGCUGUCCUCCAAGGUGUGGGAUGACCAAGCUGUGUGGAAUGUGGACUACUGCCAGAUCCUCAAGGACAUCGCUGUCGAUGACGUGAAUGAACUGGAGAGGCAGUUUCUAGAGCUGCUGCAGUUUAACAUCAACGUCCCAGCAAGUGUUUAUGCCAAGUAUUACUUUGACCUCCGUUCGCUGGCCGACUGCAACAAUUUGAGCUUCCCUCUGGAGCCCCUCUGCAAGGAGAGGGCCCAUAGACUGGAGGCCAUCUCCCGUCUCUGUGAAGACAAAUACAGAGAUUUAUCGAAGACUUCUCUGCGAAAGUCCGUCAGCGCUGACAAUUUAAUCGAAAAACGGACAUUCGCAGCCAUUCUGCCGUAG